AAUACUUCAUUAGCUUUCGCCAGAAGUAUCUACAUAAGCAAUAACCUAUACAUACCUAUUUGUUAAAUACUUAUAAGCAUUAAAUAUAAAAAUACAGUAAUAUUAAUAUGUCUUACAGGGAUUUAUUUAAAUUCACUGAAGUCAUGAGAUCAUUAGGAUAUCAUCAACAGAUAUCUAUGGAUAGUUUUCAUAGUCCAAAUUUUAGUUUAGUGUCUGAAAUUUUAUUUUGGUUGGCUUUACGUUUUGAGCCUGACACUAAUUUACCACAAGAAAUUGAAACAUCUGAACAACGAGUUUAUUUCAUUCGCUCAAUUGUAGAAUUUUUUGUUCUCAAGACCAAUAUCAAGUUAAAUGUAAAGAAACUAUAUCAAGCUGAUCGAAAUGCAGUGGGUGAACUAUUAAAAAUAACUGAUUUGCUUAAUGAUGCAUUAAACAGAAAACAAAUUUACGAGGAUGAAGGUUUUACCAAAUUGGAAACUAACUUAACUUAUAAAGCCAAUGAACUAAAAACGACAAGAGAAUUGGCUUCUAAAAUUACUCAAAAAGGUGCUGAAUUAUUUCGUUCUUUAGAAGAAGAAAGCGAACUACGGCCAAUUAGAGAUAGUCGAGUUAAUGCUGCAUUGGAUAUUAAUGAAGUUGAACAAAGCAUUAAGACACUAAUUCAGAAAACAAAAAAAGAAACUGAACAUACUAGAGAUUUGAUAAAAAAUAUUUCUGCAACUGAAGCCAAUCUGGAUGCGAAAAUUACAAAACGGCGAGAAGAUUUAGAAAGAAAUUCAAAGAGACUUCAAACUUUGAAACAAGUGAGGCCAGCGUUCUUAGAAGAAUUUGAAGAUUUAGAAUCUGAACUCAGAAACUUAUAUCAAGAAUAUAUUACAAGACAAAGAUGUAUAAGUUAUUUAGAACAUCAACAAGAACAGGUCGCUCAGGCAGAACUAAUACACAUACAAGAACAACAAGAAUUAGCUAAAAAAAUUAUUGAAAAUAAUAAACAAGACGAUGAUUUAAAACUAUUGGAAGAGGUUAAUAAUGAACCAUACAAUAAUCAAUUUUUAGAAAAUACACCAGAUAUUAGUAUUAAAGGGAGAGUUAGUAGCGCAGCUACAAGUAGAAAUCGUGGUAUGUUUGGCCGCUUAUCAGACAGUGAAACAGAUUCUGAUUUAAUGUUGGACGAUGAAGAAGAUUCCAAUAUAAUGGCAUCUGAUGGAGAACUUUCAACUUCUAGAGCUGAAAAACUAGGAAGUAUUCACAGUGAUAGUGUUGAUAGUAACGACUAAUAAGAUUGAUUAUAUUUUAUAUUUUAAAUCUAAAAUUUAUUAUAUAAAUAUUUAUAGCCACUUUAUUUAUAAAUAAUGAAUUUAUAUAAAUUUUAAUUUAAUAUUACUUUCAUCUAAAUACCAAAAAUUAUACACUAAAAUAAUUUAAGUGUUUUAAUUUUGCUACUAAUAGAAAAAUAGUCAUAUACAGGAUGUGAAUCUAUAAGACUACAACUAAUACACAUUUAUAGGCUUAUAGCUAUACUAUAAUAAUAUAGAUUGAUUAUUCAAAAAUACCACUUAAAUAGAUACUUUUUAAAAAAUAGUGCAGUGUUUAUUGAACUAUCCACAUGUCUGCAGAAAUAGUACUUCAUAAUCAUGAAUGUUAAUCAUCGUACAUCAAUACUAUGAAUAAAAAAAAUGAUAAUUAACUAAUGUUAAAAAUUAUAUUAUUUGUCUGUAAAUUAAAUAUGUACCAAAUUUAUACAUAAUAUAACCUUCAUAGCUACAAAUAUCAGAAAAUUUACUAAAAAAAGCAAGUGUAAAUAAAUAUUUUUUAUGUAGAUCUAAUAAACUAACAUAAAAUCUAUAUAAAAAUCAUCAGUAUUUAUACAACAGUUUUUGAAACUGUUACCUACUGCUUAAUUUAAAUUCUUAGUAGCACCCACACUUUAUACAGUUUAUUUUCAGUAUUAGCAUCAACACAUCGUCAAUGACAAAAAAAAUUAAAUUGCUCUAAAAUACAAUAAUCUAAGAAACAUGUACAUAUCUAUUGAAUAAUAUAUUAAAAUAAAAAAAAUAAUGUUUAA